CCAUCCCAGCACUUCCAGAACAAUUAAAUCUUCAUUAAAUAGGUUAUGCACGUCUCUCCAACGUACGGAUUAAUUCUGAUAGCCCCGCUUAUACAAUUGGCGUCAUAACUCGAAGAGAGGUGCAAGUCAUGGAUGGAUAUUUACCACUCCAGUACUCGAGUACGAAUAGGUACGUUCCAAAUUCCUCCCAUUGGCCCGGCCGGAUUAUCCAGUUAUUCCGGGCGUCGCCCACCAACCAGACCAAGCUUCACGCAGGAAAAAAACACCCGCAUUGCAAUCCGGCUAUCUGGGCAACCCCUUCCACCAUCAUCAUCCCGCCUCCAGAAUCUUGCCCUCGACCAGUUCGCUCUUUUAUCCGAGCAACGUGGCAUAGCUCCACAUCGACGCCCUUGAGAUGUCUACUACUGGUGGCACUGUGCGAGGUACGCCGAGUCGACAAGGUCACCGUGGAAACACGCCGGCAUUCAACAGUCCAGUAUCAAAUAUUCCUCGGCCAGCUGCUUUGGAUGCCCACCAGAGCAGCGCAAUGUCAACAGUUCAACAAACCGAAGCCGCUGGAUCAACCAUGAGCGCCAGUAGACAAAAGCAAUCCAAGAGGGAUGAGGUAUGCUUUUCUGCGUCCUUAUCGAUUGGUUAUUCUGCCCUGGAUAGCUGUGAACUAAUAUUCACUUUUCCUCUAGGCGAUCCGGAGAAAGAUUGAGACGGACCUCAGCAAGAAGAAGACCACCACUGGACGAGCACGGCAGACACGAAAGGGUCCUCCGGGAACCGUGCUCGCCCUUCGACCUAGUCAAGCCCUGCAAAUCAAACCAAAUACCACUGUCGCCGAGGCGGCACAGUUGAUGGCUGCGAAGAGGGAGGAUUGUGUUCUGGUUACCGACGAUGAUGAUCGAAUUGCUGGUAUUUUCACAGCAAAGGAUCUUGCUUUUAGAGUGGUGGGUGCCGGUCUGAAAGCGAGCAACGUUAUGAUUGCGGAUAUCAUGACCAAGAAUCCUCUCUGUGCGCGAACAGAUACGAGUGCCACCGAUGCUUUGGAUCUCAUGGUUCGGAAAGGGUUUCGCCAUUUGCCUGUGAUGGACGAGAAUCAAGAUAUUUCCGGUAUUUUGGAUAUCACCAAAUGUUUCUACGAUGCCAUGGAGAAACUAGAAAGAGCAUACAGCUCCUCGAGAAAGUUAUAUGAUGCUCUCGAGGGUGUUCAAUCGGAGCUGGGAUCAAGUCAACCUCAACAAAUCAUCCAAUAUGUGGAGGCACUUCGAAUGAAAAUGUCCGGUCCUACAUUGGAAUCUGUACUUGAUGGCCGGGCGCCAGUCACAGUGAGCGUGCGCACUUCGGUCAAGGAAGCCGCGGCAAAAAUGAAGGAACAUCAUACCACCGCCGUUCUCGUUCAAGACCAAGACUCUAUCACGGGAAUUUUUACUAGCAAAGAUGUUGUCUUACGAGUUAUUGCUCCUGGUCUUGACCCCGCCAACUGCAGUGUUGUUCGAGUAAUGACCCCACACCCAGAUUUCGCGCCAAUGGAUAUGAGCAUUCAAGCGGCGCUUAGAAAGAUGCAUGGUAUGUUUCAAAAUUCAACUUUCUGACUUAUAAGCUAAAUAUCUUCAGAUGGCCACUAUUUGAAUCUUCCCGUUAUGAACGAUUCUGGUGAGAUUGUGGGUAUGGUUGAUGUUUUGAAAUUGACUUAUGCCACCCUUGAACAAAUCAACACGAUGUCAACUGGCGAGGGUGGUGAGAACCAAGGUCCCGCUUGGAAUAAAUUCUGGAUGUCCCUAGAUGACGGAACGGAAUCAGUCAUGUCUGGAGAAGGAAGCGCCAGUCAUCAUCAUGCCCAUACUACAGGAGGGCGAUCUUUGAUGUCACCUGACAUGUCUCGCCAUGAGCGUAUCGUGGAUGCCAGUGUUGCACCAAACGACUCCGCUUCUCACCUGGGAGACUCGCCUCCACACUCAAUGGUGUCACGCCAACCAGAAGUACACCCUGAAGAUGUACCUUUCCCCUUUAAAUUCAAGGCUCCAAGUGGUCGUGUGCACCGCAUGCAAGUCAUUGGCGCUCAUGGAUUGGCAGAGCUCAUUGCGGCAGUGAUUGCAAAGCUUGGCUCUGAAGUAGAGGCAGUUGGAGGUCCAGCAACAUUUGAGGAUGGACAAUUAGGGAGCUCUGGAUUUGCUCUCAGUUAUAUGGAUGACGAUGGAGAUACUGUAUCCAUUACCACUGAUCAAGAUCUUCUCGAAGCUAUUCAGCUCGCGCGCCAAGGUCACCGGGACAAGGUGGAUCUUUUCAUUCAUGAUCCUGAGAAGCCAGCAAUCAGUGCUACGCUCGACCCUCAACCAGUUAUCAGCCAUGAGCCGAGCCCUCCAGCAUCGCAGACUGUUCGUCACCGAAAGCGAGUCGUUUCCGAGGAUGAUGAAGAGAGUGAAGAUGAAGUGCCAAUCAAGUCGCGACCGAGGAGGGCUCAUUCCAAACCAGUUGAGGAGCAAGUGAUUGCCGGUGUUCCCAAUGAGUUGUUGUUGCCUGGUGCGAUUGUUACUCUUGCAGUUGUUAUUGUUGGUGUGUUUACUUUGGCUCGUGUUACGAGCCGCAAUUAAUUGGCCAGGGGGGAAGAUACCAUGAUAGACCUUGCUGG